ACGCCAAAACGCACAGGCAAAAUCACUUUACUUUUGCCGGAAUCACAAAUUCCGAUUCUGAAGUCCGGUGAACUCAAGAAAUGGUUAUCAAAAAACGGGUAAACAAGCUUCCUGCUGAAAAUGGCGGAACCAAUGAUGUUGAAGGUUUCCCUAAGAACAAAAAAUGCAACGAACAGUUCGAUCACUGGGCUUUUCUGGAUCAAAUUGAGGCCCCUAUGUGGGUGGACCUUACCUUAGAAUAUAAGUCUGCCUAUCAAGAAAAGGACGAUGAUUGGUUCCACAUAAGCCAUCCGUUUCACCACGCCUCUUCUAAAAUGUUGAAAUCUGCAUUUUCUCAUGCUGGAGAGGGUUCCAUAAACCUAGAGCUCGGGUUGCAGGGGUCAUGUUCUCCUAAGCUUCCACCUUCGGUUUCAAGAUCAAGAGGCAAAGAUUUGCGAAACAGACAAUUGGGACAAGGAUAUCAUUGGCUUACCUUGGAUAAGAAACAUCCAGUUAAACAAUUAAGCUCUAAAUCUUCGUCUGCAGAUUCAGAAGCUUGUAAAGUAGUUAAGCAGAGGGCAAGCUCCAAAAAAUUAACAAACUAUGCUGCUUCAGACUCAGGUUCUUCUUGUCAGCCACCAGAUCUUAGUUCUGGCAAUGAAAAAAUUAGCUCGAACUCUUUGGCUGUCACGAGAUACGAAAGCCUGCCAAGAAGCUGCAUUACAUCGGAGAACGGUGAACAACAUUACCAAAAAUCAUUGGGCGUUAACAGUUUAAAGAAGCCUCUCGAAGUGUCUGAUCAAGUACUUGGUCGAACUAGCGGGUUCUUGUCAGAUCUAAGAGUAAGUCUGGGGAAAAGUUGUGUUACAAGACAAGCAUCAAGAAUGGAGGCAAACAAUUUUAGGCAGUCAGAAGGUCAGAAAUCUUCUUCAAGUAUGUCGAGUGUAGGAUCUUCUUCAAACCCCUACAAGGAAAGGGAGAAUCUAAAUGAGAGAAAAAUUAAAGAGAAAACUCCAGAUAGUAGAAAUGCAAGUAGGAUGGCUCGAGCUCCAAUUGGAGAAAUUAAGAAGGCAAAGAUGUCCAAGGUUCCUGUUCAACCUCCUGAUAAAACUUCUAACACUAAAUUGGUUACUGGAAGAUCUGUUUCUUUGUCCAUUAGGAAUGAAGGUGCUAAAGAAAAGGUACAUCAACAUAAUGUACAAAGAAAACCUCUUAUAUUUCGAAGAGCCAAUGAUCAUGUAUCCUCAAUUGUGGUCUCGAAGGCUACUGCAAGAAUUGGAGGUAGCCAGUGCGUUAGGACUGUUGGCACCAGUAAGGUGAAUGUGGUUGGGAGAAUGGGUAUGACCCAGAAGUCAAGCAUCAAUGGCAACCAAAGGUGUCGUACAGAAUUCACAAGUUACACAAAGGAGAAUAAACGAAGCACUGAGAACGCAAAGUCUAGUGAUUUGAUGGUGAACGCUGAUAAUAAAAGGGACGUGGCUAAUCGUGUGAAUACGAAGAAGAAGGUUUUCCUUAGAUAAAAUAGCUAAUCUGUAUGUACAUAGUAGCACUCUGCCUGUUUUCAUUCUUGUCGAGCUGCAACGAAGAUGGAUAAAAUGAUAUGUUGAUCGUCUUAUGCUGUCAAAUAGGUUUUACGAUUUUCAUUUUAGUUCAUCUUGUUGAUAUUCAAUGUCCACUGAAUAAAAGAGAGCUGCAAUGGGAGAUCAAGCUCUCUGAAAUUUUGCUUUGCAGAUGUUGAUCAAAAGUUGACAGUAUGUCUAUUUUCCACAUUAAUUUGUUCAACAUUACUGUGA